ACAGUUGCCUGGGUAACAAGAUCAAGCAGGCGCUGCAGGUCGGAGAGGAGGAGCGGGUUCAGUAACACCGGAACCAUGAUGAGCUCAUGGAAAAACAUGAUUUAUGUACAGUGGGAGAAGGUGGUGGCAGAGACUCAAAGACGGCAAGGCAUUCGAGGGAGUGAAAAAAAAACAGAGCAGCAAAUGGAAACAAAUGUAAAGAGUGAAGAAAAUGCAGAAAAGAAGCGCUUUGUGAAAAGAUUGCAAGAGAGAGUACAAGAGAGACGAAUGGAAGAGUCAAUUCAACGAACUGCUGAAGAAAAACUAUUAAGAGAAUGGCAACUGCAACAGGAACAGCAAAUGGUGCGGGACCUUGCAGCAAAAAAUUAUGAAAAACUUAAAGAUGAGACAAUGAGGCAACAAAUACGAGAGAACAGCCGUCUAAUGCGCGAACUACAACAAAAGGUGAAGGAGCGUGCUGCACAGCUUGCUGAGAAAGAACCGAAACCUAAAAUAACGACUGCUGAAGAGAAAAAGUUAAAAGAACAGCAGCUGGAACAGGAACAGCGAGUGGCGUGGGAGCUUGCAAAAAUAAACCAGAAGAAACUUCAAGAUGAGAAAACAAAGCAGCGAAUGCAAACAGAUUGCCAUCUAAUAGAUGAACUGAAAGAAAAGCUUAAGGAGCGUGCUGCACACGUUGCUGAGAAAGAACUCCUGAAACAUGAAUUAACGAACAAAUAUUCUGAGAUUGCUCGAAAAAUAAAAGAGGAAAACAAAAGACCUUCAGAAAAAGCGCUAAUCAAACAAACUAGACACUAUCAGGGGAAGCUACUUUACCAAUCCGAGUUGGAGAGACAGCUGGAGGAAAAGGAAUUGAAGAAGCAAGAUGUAUAUGAGGAGUUCCUGAGGGAGAAACUGCUGGUUGAUGAAAUUGUAAGAAAGAUCUUUGAGGAAGACCUAAUGGAAAGACAACUGAAAUUACAAAAAAUGAAUGCCACAAAGCGAUACAUUAAAGAAUUCAAAGAGCAGCAAAUCACAUGGAGGAAAAUGGAAAGUGAGAAAAUGGAGGAGGAAAACCGUAAAAUCCUGGCCUUUGCUAUGGCCAAUGUCCGGGACGGGAACUCAAAGAAAGCUCUUCGAGAAAUGCUUGCAAAUCAUAUACAGAGAGAGCAACAGCAGAGGGAGAAGCUGGAGAAGAUGUAUGAGAAGUUGUACGUUGAAGAGCAAGCAGUUGAGGCUCGGCAGCGAGAUAUUGAGCAGGAACUUCAAGAAAUACAGGAGGAAGAAAGAAGAGAAGCUUUACGUCGUGCCAUUGUUGAAGAGGAGAGGCAGAAGCUUCUCAAACAGCAUGCCGCUAAGUUGUUUGGAUAUUUACCAAAGGGAAUAUUUAAAUAUGACAGUAACCUUGACACGUACGAUGAAGAACUUUGUAAGACAUUCCGGGAAAGAAGGGCAGCCAUGUUUCCAGAGCAAUGCUGGGAAUCUUAAACCACAUGAUUGUGCAUUGGGAUAGUACCACCACUAGGUUGUAUAUCUGUUAACUAAAUGUAGAUGUGUGAAUCUUAGACUUGGCCACAUGCAUUUUAAAAAUAAAAAAAACUCAGU